UACCUGGGAUAUGUCAUUUCCCAUGGACACCUAGAAAUGGACCCUGUCAAGGUAGAAGGAAUCACAAAAUGGCCAGUACCCACUUGUAUCAAGGAAGUACAAUCCUUCCUUGGAUUUUGUAAUUUGUAUCACAGGUUCAUUCAAGAUUACUCAAAAGUAGCAUGA